GGCCAUACCUAGUAAAAGAAGAAGAAGCAGACCAAAUUGUAGUUGUAUAUUUUAGAGCUAGCAAAACUGUGAAUUUUGGCCAAUAAAUAUCAAAUUGUAAUGUGCCAGAUACAAUCGCCGAUCCGUGCAGUAGCGUUAGUGUCGUAAGAGUGCGAAAAUCAAGUCGCGUUCGCGUGAACUAUGACCCCUUUUGGCCACCGUAGCAACGGUGCCACUGCAUUUUAGCGAAAGGAAACACUAAAUGCCCAUUAAAAAGCGCACGCGCGCAUAAAAUGCACUAUUAAAGGCCCGAGAACUUAAAGUUUUUCAUUGCAAACAGCUGGGAGCAGCGAUACAGUAUCACAAGUUGCAUUGGCUGAAGCGAAAUUACAUAAAUUGAGCCAACCAAGCGCCAUGCGAGCCUCCAUUCCGCCCGGCAUUCGGGUGGUUCGCGGACCCAAUUGGAUCUGGUCAAAUCAAGACGACGGAGAAGGUCACGUUGGAACGGUUUGCGAAAUCGGACGUUGCGGAUCGACACACUCGCCGGAAAACACUGUCGUGGUCAACUGGGAUUCCGGACACAGGACAAACUACCGUGUGGGCUACCAGAACCAGUACGACUUGAUUAUUGUAGAUAAUGCUCAAGUUGGAGUUCGUCACUCGAAUGUCGUCUGCGAUGGCUGCUCCAAGGCGGGCAUUGCCGGCAUAGUAUUUAAGUGCGCCCAGUGUGCCAACUACCAUCUGUGCGCCUACUGCUACGCAGAGGAACUGCACGACUUGGAGCACCCGUUCGUGCGGUACACCACGCCCAAUUCCCUCGGCGUUCGAGUGCCAACGAGAAAAGGCUCCAAGCGGAUUCAGCUGCGCGGCAUUUUCGUGGGUGCCAAGGUGGUGCGAGGUCCUGAUUGGGAGUGGAACGAACAGGACGGCGGCGAGGGCAAGACGGGGCGGGUUAUGGAAAUCCGGGGCUGGGACAACGAAUCGUGUCGCAGCGUAGCAAACGUAUCGUGGGUAACCGGAUCGACGAACGUCUACCGUCUUGGUCACAAGGGCAACGUGGAUCUUAAGUACAUAACGGCUACGUGUGGCGGUCACUACUACAAGGAUCAUAUGCCAGUGUUGGGGCAGCCGGAGGAGUUGCAACCGGUGGCACCGAUGGUGAAGCCAAGCUUUUCCGUCGGCGACCGCGUCAAGGUUUGCCUAGAGGUCGAUGCCCUGAUGAAGUUGCAGCAGGGCCAUGGAGGAUGGAAUCCGCGCAUGGUCGAGCAUUUAUCCAAACUGGGCACCGUGCAUCGCAUUACGGACAAGGGCGAUAUACGUGUCCAGUAUGAAAACUGCCCCAAUCGAUGGACCUUUCAUCCCGCCGCUCUCGUAAAGGUUGUCUCUUUUCGUGUCGGUGAUCUGGUCACCAUUAUCAACGAUGCCAACAAAGUGCAGCAGCUUCAGAAGGGCCACGGCGAAUGGAUUGAAAUUAUGCGAUAUGCCCUCGGCAAAAUUUGCAAGGUGGUAAAGGUGUACUCCGACGGAGACCUGCGCAUCCAGCAGCUGGACGACGGCUUCGAGUGGACGCUGAAUCCGAAGUGUGUCAAACUGGAACGUUCGCCGCUGGCUACGGCAGCUGAGCGCUCGAACAGCAUGAUGGACCUGAGCCAUCGGCGGGCGGAUCACGUAAUGACGCCGCUUUCAGGACUGUCGGGCAGUUCGGUAGCCGACAAGCUGGUGCGCGAGGCCGCCCAGGGCCAUUUGGACUUUGUGCGCCAGUACCUGGACGUGAAUCCCGGCCAAGUGGACGUGAUGAGUGGCGGCAAGGCUUGCAUUCAGGUUGCCUCGCAUCAGGGCUAUGUUGACCUGGUCAGCUACCUCAUCUCCAAGGGUGCCAAUGUUAACGCGGUCGACAAGGAGGGCGAUUCCGCUCUGCAUUACGCAGCCUUCGGCAAUCAGCCGGCCACCAUGCGUGUGCUUCUGCAGCACGGCGCCGAAGUGAACUUUCUCAACUCUAGCCACUGCUCCGCACUGCACAUCUGCGCGCACAAGAAAACACCGCACUGCGUUCGCGAGUUGCUGCAGCACAAUGCCAACGUGAAUAUCCAGGAUUCGUACGGUGAUACGGCGCUGCACGACGCCAUCGGCAAGGAGAACACCGAGGUGGUGGAGUUGCUUUGCAAUGCUCCCAAUCUGGACUUUACGGUUAAGAAUAAUCGUGGCUUCAACGUGCUCCAUCAUGCUGCGCUCAAGGGCAACGUGGUGGCUGCCCGCCGCAUUUUGCUGCUCUCCCGCCAGCUGGUCAAUGUGCGCAAGGACGACGGUUUUGCAGCCCUACACUUGGCGGCUCUUAACGGACACGCCCAGGUGGUGGAAACGCUGGUCACCGAGGGCCAAGCGGAGCUAGAUAUACGCAACAAUCGUCGACAGACGCCGUUUCUACUGGCCGUCUCUCAGGGACAUGCCGGCGUAAUCGAGCGACUCGUGCGACUAUCCUGCGACGUUAAUGCCAAGGACGAGGAUGGAGACAAUGCCAUGCACCUGUGCGUAAUUAAAAAGUCGAAUCUACAGUCAGCCGCUGAACCGCACCCAGAGGAGGCACCCGAGAUCCACAAGUUCUACCUGAGUCUAGUGCAGACGAGUGUGCGGCCCGAGGAUCGACUCAUGUACAGCAUUCUAAUCUAUCUUUCACGGGCCGGCUGCCGAGUAGAACUGAACAAUGCCAAUGCGAGUAUUUUCGAAUGGAUUACUGACCGCAACAUCAGACAGUUGAUCUUUGGGCAGCAGGGCGAAGCGGAGGCGCUCCCCAGGAACCUCCAAGCUCUGGAAAUGUCACCGCCGGCUGCCUCUGGCGAAGAAGCGCCCGCUGUUGCUGGAGCCGAAUCAAAUGGAGCUGCACCCGCGAGCGUGGCGGCACCAGUACCACCGCAGCGCCAGCAACUAGAUCUAAUGCCAAAGCCAAACGAAAUACCAUCCGCAUCAGCAGCGCCAUCCACGCCAUCAGCCUCACCGGGCGUUAAGAAACUCAACUCGGAUGCCGUGCAGCAGAACGUCUCGCCGCAGGUGGCGCCUCGCAAGAAGGCACCCAAGCCGCCAGUGACCUCCACUUCGAGCAGCCCGGCGUUGGAAGCCGGGGCGGCGGCGGCUGCGGGUCCCAGUGCUAGUCCGGUGAUCGUGUCCGGUCCUCAAGAGUGCAUUGUGUGCAAUGAGAUCCUGCAGCUGGUGAGGUUUGAGCCAUGUCAGCACCAGAUCGCUUGUGAAGAAUGUGGCAUCAGAAUGAAAAAGUGUCUGCGCUGCGGUGUGCUUAUUGAAAGACGCCUGACUGUCAGCGGGCGGAUAGUGGCCCUGCCCACGUCCACGUCGUCACCCAGUGACCCCACUCGCCUGCCGUCCGGGGAUCUUCUGCGCUAUCUGGAGAACAAGGUGCAGGAGUUCGAGGAGUCGCACUUCUGUGGCAUCUGUAUGGAACGCAAGCGGGACGUGGCCUUCCUCUGUGGGCACGGAGCCUGCUCCCAUUGUGCCGAAACGUUGCGGACAUGCCACAUGUGUCGCAAGACAAUACUCAAGAAGAUUAACCUGUAUUGAGCGGAGGAAACGGAAACGAUAGCAGCAUCAGCAACAAUUCAACCAGCAACCAAAGUGGCUUGUAUAUAUUACAUACAAAAAAAAAACAAACACUAAAAACACACACACAUACCCACAUUGCCGUACCAUGUGCAACUCGAACUAAUUAUUUAUUGAUCACCGACGAAUUUUACGCGUUUUUUUUGUAACGGUUUAUUAACGGCAUCGUAUACAUAAACAAAUUAUUGUGCACCCUUCACGUGUCUAGUUAUUAGCCUCGUUUAACCGCGUCUGGUAACGAUAAAAAUAAAUAGGAAACAAACUAAAAGCGUAAAGAUAUUAAAUAGUCAUUAAAUUGCAAAUAUACAAAUAUCAAAUAAUUAAA